AUGACACUUUUGAAUACUGUUCGAACUUUGUUAGGGGAUAGAUUUAAAAGUAUCGUUGCUCGCAAAAUGUCAAACAGUAAAUGUGGCAAUAUAACUCUACAAUUGGCUGCCAUCAAAAAGGCGCUGCAUGAGAAUGAAUACGAAAAACAUUGUCGGAAAUGCGAUUGGCCUAUGCUUCGCAUCAACAUAGAUAUUGUUAAACUGGAAAAGUGUGUUUACAAUGGUCAAACUUAUGAAAUGAUGUUGUUUGUAACCGAUGUGCAUUCAAAGUUCGUGUUUGCGAAAGCACUUCCUUCAGGAUUUAGCAUGAUGCUACUUGUGGAAUAUCUUUCGGAUAUUUUCAGCAGCUUCUCGCCACCCAAAUUUUUCAUGUCAUCCAAUAACUUGGCCAAACUUGCAAUGACAUUUAUUGAGGAUUUAUACAAAAUUGAAAUUUUUCAUCUUGAAGGAAAGGAAUCCUCAGCUAACGAAUUUUGUGUACAGUUGUACAAACGCGCCGCAGAAAACGGUUUGAUGAGUCAAUGGGUAGAUGUUUUACCUUCUGUGGUCUUUAAUUUCAAUCAAAGAUUUCUUGUUAACAAAUUAAAAACACCUUAUCAACUUAUGUUCAAUCGAAGACCGGCAGUCGAAAACACUGGCAGAAAUGGAUAA